AUGUUGGGAGCAAGUGAUCUUGCUCUCCCCUUUCGAGAACGUUCCAGCGCACAGAUCUGGAGCGUAGAUCGACUGGAGAAGUUUAGGGCAGUGUAUCGACGAUCGAUAGGACUGUGCGGCCGACCAACAAGGAUCGACGUCGCCCCUUGCAGCAGCUUCGACAACGUCUCGGGGAACGUGGAAUUGGAAGGUCGAACGGACCGUGUUGACCGUGGUACCCCGGUUCAAGUGGAUGAAGGUUCGAGAGAACUACUGACUAUAAAUACCCAUAGAGGUUUGUAUCGGUAUAACAGACUACCGUUUGGAGUAAAAUCGGCGCCUGGAAUUUUCCAGCAGAUCAUGGAUACGAUGCUAGCAGGGUUAAAAGGCACCGUUGCCUACUUGGAUGAUGUCAUAGUGGUAGGUCAAACAGAGAAGGAGCAUGAUGACAAUUUGAGGAAGUGCCACCAAGUGUUUACUGUCUUAGAAGCAGAUUCAAAAAAGGAGUGA